GAUUCAAAUCGACAACAGCCAUUUUCUGAUCCAUGUCAUACGGGAGUUGCCGGAAUAUCCGAUCGAGGUUAUCAAGGACUAUCUACUGUACCGCUACGUCGAACAACUCCAAGAUUACGUCUCCAUCCACGCCGACACAAACAACUCAACCCCGGUCCGCGAGAAGCGCUGUAUGCAGGCGACUUGGAACGAAUUUUGGCCCCUCAAGCUGCGCGCCGACCACCGUAUCGUCGAUCGGAUCAUCCCGGAACUUUGGUCCGACGUCGAAGCCACGCUGCUUCAAGUGCUCCGGGACAAGGUGACGACGUCCACGAUGCUGCCUGAUGAAGAACGAGCAGUGAUUAUGCGGAAGCUGGACAAACUGAAGGUGUACGACAUCUACCCACGAGAAUUUCUCCAGCCCCAUCACCCCAUGAUUGAUAAGGUAUACCACCGCCAUGUCGCCGCCAACUUCACCUCCGACAAUCCGAUGACCAACAUCGGGAAGUUGAUGAACGUCAAGGCCAAAGCGCAAUUUGAGCCGGUCUAUAAAUUGUAUAAACGCCCCAAGCGCGCACGGCUACUAUGGGCGGAUUUUGAUGCAGAUCGAGGCAGCAUGGCCCUACUCGGCUCUUGCCAUGCCGCUGCAUCUCAACUCCACGCUCGUGCCGUGGGCCCGUCUGGCGUUCACUUUUUCGCACGAGUUGGCGCACCUCGUCGAUCCGCUCAGUUGGCACUACGAUGUUGGCAGGUGUUGCGACCGGUGCACGAAUGGACGAAAAGCUUUGCCGAGCGCCUCGAAGGCAUCGUUGAUUGCCACCGCGCGGCUUAUAUUGAGCUGCGAGGGGAUGGGAAUGAAUCGAGUCUCGACAUGGCCCGCCUCGCUCGGGAUGAGGUGUUUGCUGAUCUGUUUGGCAUGGAACUGGCUCUCGAGGGCUUCCGCCGCCACGUCAAUCAAACGAUUCCAAUUCCGUAUAGCUCCGAAUCUAUCGAUGCCUUGAUGUAUACGGCGCUCGGGACGACAAUGUACUUCUGCGAGGGAGAGGAAAAGACGUUGGCCGUAGAAGGGUUUGUGUCAAGGCCGAAUUUACAAAACAAUCUCAACGAAGAGCACCCGGCCGGCGUGGUUCGACUGAAGCUGUUGGAAACCUUGUCCAGCUUCAAGAGCUCCUUCAAAUGCUCGCCAAAAAGCGCCGCGAAAACCUGUGCCAUACUGUUU